UUCACCCGAAUUAAUGGAUUUUCUCUACACUUCAACGAAUUCAAAGUUGUAAACAAGUUACAGCGCCAUCAACAUGUACAUAAACCGGCAGUACAGAAGCGUGUAUUGUACUUCGGGUGGUUUGCAGAAAUUGUUUCCUAUGUUGCAAAUAUUGGUGUCAUCAAGUGGUAAAGGAAAUGUCCAGAAUAUUCUUGGAAAAAAUAGUUAAGACCUAUUGAUGAUUUGAAAUUCCACCACGGAUUUCAAGGUAUUGGCUGUCACCGAAAUGCUGUGCGUUGAUUUCCGCAGAAUUUAUGUUUGAUCUCAGUAACUGGAUUGUGAUUCACAAUGCCACCCUCAUCGGGAGAGCUAUGGGGGGCUUAUUUUAUGCCCACCAAGAUUCAGGUGCUCUGUCUUCUUCCAUACGGAGUUGUAGUUCCACUGGAAUGCAAUCGAGAAUCAACGCUGGAGAAUAUUAAGGCUCAUUUAUGGAAGGAAGCUCGGUUGUAUCCGAUGUCUAACAAGCUAAAGGAUGCUUCUUCAUACAUAUUUGUUAGUAUUUUACAAGAUGCCGAAAAUGAGGAAUUUUAUGACGAAGGGAGGCGCCUUUGCGAUUUGAAGCUCUUCCGGCUGUGGCUCAAACUUAUUGAACCCAAAGGAAAUAAAGAAGAAAAAAUUCUCAAUUCAGAAAUUGGAAAAGCAGUUGGUUUGCCUGUAAGUGAUCUUGACUCCAUUAAGGAUCCAGAGGUCGUUGACUUCCGACGAAACAUACUACGAAUGUGCAUGGAUGUUGUAGAGAAGCGCGCGGAAGAUGGAGAUGAGGCCCAUAUGUUGUAUGUUUACCCUCCAAAUGUGGAGGCUCAUCCUGAACUGCCAAGACAUAUUGCCCAUGGUUUGGAAAAUGGUAAUAUAAUAGUAUGUGUAUGGGUGCUAUCAGCAACGGGCGAUAAACAGAAAUUUUCAUUGAAGAUCCAACACAACUCGCUACCAGAAGCCGUCAUUGCAGAGACAAUCCGUAAGAGGACGCGCACCAUGAACAUUUCGACCACACAGCAACACCAGUGUGUACAGCAGUACAAGAGUACCUAUCUACUGAAGGUUUGUGGCAGUGAUGAGUACUUAAUUGCAAAUUACCCGCUUUCACAGUAUAAGUAUACACGAAAAUGUAUGUUGGAAAAAAAGAUACCACACCUUAUGAUCAUGUCAAAGGAAAAAGUGCUGAGUAGUCUGCCAACAAUCAACAUACACAUUCCUGCUUACAUGAGGCGUGGUCCCGGCAGCACCGGAGCCAAUCAGUGUAAGACUAAAAGUUUGUGGGAAGUGGAGGAUGAAUUUAAGAUUAAGAUAAACUGUGCAACGUACGUCAAUGUCAAGGAGUUGGACAAGAUUUAUGUACGUGCUGGCUUAUACCAUGGCCUGGAGCCCCUUUGUCCCAACCUUUGCACGGACCAAGUGCCAUGCUCAAAUCCUAAAUGGAAUCAACGUUUAGAAUUUGAUUUGUUCAUCACUGACAUUCCACGAAGUGCUAGACUGUGCGUGUCUAUAUGCUCCUUAGGGAAAAAGAAAGGACAAAAGAAAGAGGGUGAUUGUGCAUUGGCCUGGGGAAACGUUAACGUGUUUGACUACAUGAAUCGGCUACAAUCUGGCAACAUGAGAAUGUAUUUAUGGCCAGUUCCGCACGGAAUGGAUGACCUGUUGAAUCCUUUGGGAUCCAUCGGAUCCAACACAAAUAAGGAUGCUCCAUGUCUGGAGAUAGAAUUUGAGAACUUUGGCUGCAAUCUAGUGUACCCUAUGUAUCAACAGAUCAAUGAUUUUGCAACAUGGGUUGUGGAAAGUAAUUCAUCGUACUCGGACCAUUACAGUUGUAGCACCUCUAAAGAUAGAAGAGCUGAAGAAUCGACAGCUAUGCUACAGGAGAUCAUCCAGCGAGAUCCCUUGCAUGAAAUGUCAGAGCAAGAGAAAGAGCUGGUAUGGCAGUUAAGGUAUGAGUGUAAAGUUCAAGACCCAAACUCCUUGCCAAAGCUGCUGUGUGCAGUCAAGUGGAGCAGUAGAGAAUAUGUUUCACAACUGUAUGUCCUACUGAAAGACUGGCCAAGAAAUAUUAAUGUCGAGACCGCCCUCUGUCUGUUGGAUUGUACAUACGCUGAUGUUGGCGUUAGGCAGUUUGCUGUUGAGUGUCUUUCACAUAGCCUUUCAAAUGAUGAGCUGCUUCAGUAUUUAUUGCAGUUAGUGCAGGUGCUGAAAUAUGAAGCUUACCUUGAUAACCCUCUUGCCCGCUACCUUCUGAAAAAGGCGCUUCAAAAUCAACGGAUUGGACAUUUCCUAUUCUGGCACUUACGAUCUGAAAUGCAUAAGCGUUCAGUUAGUCGUCGUUUUGGUCUGACAUUGGAAGCCUAUUGUCGUGCAAUUGGCAAGUACCUACGGCUGCUUAUUCGGCAAGUGGAAAGCGUUGACAAGUUGACAGUGCUGGCACAGUCACUUAGUGAGAAGAAGGAUGAUACCGCAAGGGAUAGAUUAAAAUUCCUUACAGACCAGAUGAGUCAGCCAGAUUUUAUUGAGAAGUUAGAACAUUUUACUUUACCUCUCAACCCAAACCAUUCCCUUGGCAAGCUAAGUGUAGAGGAGUGCAAGAUAUUGUCUUCAGCAAAGCGCCCUCUUUGGCUGGUUUGGAAAAACCGUGACCUAAUGGCAGAGGUCAUGUAUACUGAUAUCAAGGUGCUUUUUAAGAAAGGAGAUGACUUGAAGCAAGACAUGCUGACACUGCAGAUGCUGCUGAUAAUGCACGGAAUCUGGCAACGAGAAGGACUAGACCUCAAGUUGAUUCCCUAUAAUUGCCUCUCAACUGGUAAUAUGACUGGCAUGAUAGAGAUUGUUCGCGAUUCCAAGACAAUUUAUGAUAUUCAACACAAGAGCGGCUUCAUGGGAACGCUGCAGUUAAAGAGUGGCGUUCUACAUCAGUGGAUCAAAGAAAGAAAUAAAGAUCAGUAUGAUGAUGCUGUUGACCGCUUCACACGGUCGUGCGCAGGAUAUUGUGUGGCCACAUUUAUUCUUGGAAUUGGUGAUAGACACAAUGAUAACAUCAUGGUUACAGAAAACGGACAGAUUUUCCACAUAGAUUUUGGUCAUUUUCUGGGUCAUAUUAAGAAGAAGUAUGGCAUAAAGCGAGAACGAGUGCCAUUUGUUCUUACGGAAGAUUUCUUGCGGGUCAUAGUGAAAGGCCAGGAUGUUAAUAUUCACAAAACUCAGUUUUUUAAAAAUUUCCAACAAUUAUGCAUCGAUGCAUAUCGUGUAAUCCGUUGUCACGCCAACCUGUUGAUCAGCCUCUUCAGUAUGAUGCUGAUGUCAGGAAUUCCUGAACUGCAGUCCAUCGAUGACAUCGCUUAUCUCCGUCAAACGUUGGCAGUGGAGAAGACAGAGGAUCAAGCGGUUCGGUACUUCUUAAAGCAAUUAAAUGAUGCUCAUGGCGGUGGAUGGACCACCAAGGUUGAUUGGUUCUUUCAUGCUCUGAAGCACAGGUAGAUGGAUCUACAUUUGGAAUUAGGAGACCUACCUUCGCAGGUUUUCAGAGAAUGGUUGUCUUGUAGUGGAGCAACAACCAAUGGGAAAUUGCUGAAAACCGGGAAUUCCAUACUUCUAAAUCUUAGUGUAUAUUAAAUGCAAAAUAGUUUGUGCUUGGUGAACUAGUAAUUUAACAAAACCUUAAUUAUGCAGUAGUAACACAGCAAUUACCUAUUAAGAAACGUAUUACGACAAGAUGCAAAUAGUAAUUAUUACCCUGGUCGUCAUCAUCAUCAUCUGUUUUCUGCCUACUGGCAGGUUCACAGCAGUCAAUUCUUCCAAUAUUUUCUAUCAUAUGAUUUAUUUUUCAUGAUGGCACUGUAGCUUUCAUUUGUUUUCUUCAGUCAUGACCAUGGUCAUGGAUACAGUAUUCCGGCAUUGUAUGGAACUGCUCCCUGGGGAGUAUUCCUAGUUGUGCAGCUUGUUUAAUACCAGAUGAAUUCCAUUCCAAAUUAUUAUUAAUAGGAUUUAUAUACUGUAAUACACAUCCAUUUGAGAAGAAGUUCUCAAAGUGGUUUUUUCCUCCUAGUCACUGGAUACAGAUUCAAUGAAACACAAUGUGCUACCUCCUCUGCUCCCCGGGCGAGUAUUCCUAGCUAUACGUGUACUUCAGCACUGCGAGGAACAAACAUUUAUUUCAAAAUUUAUCAUUCCAAGGAAAAUGAUUUUUAAGGUUUCUAUAAUGUCAUUGACACAAAUAGUCAAUACAGUAGGGUUUUUUUUUUCUUCAGUUUUUGUGUUCAUGCAUUCAUAAAAUGAAGUAAUUGAAAAUGAUGUGAAAAGACUUGUUAUCAGGGGUGAUGCCAGGAACAACAUGGGGCCUAGCCUCUCCCCCCUGCAAUCAACAUUUUUUGUUGACAUGGUGUAUAAUGGACCUUUCCGGAGUGUCAAUCAAAAUUAACAACCGACCAAUCAGAACAGGUGCCAGGAAUACGCAUGUGUCUAACAAACAUGAGUUAUCCUACAAACGCAUGUUUUUGCAUGUGUUUUAACAGUAGGGAGAUUUUGAUUUGCACGACGACGCAACGCUAAAAUGGAAUCACUAAUGAGUGACCGUCCUACCAGGCGUCCUACAUUGCCUGCUUACGUAGAGCCUGUUUUCCACUUGCGGAUUUAUUUGCGCAAGUCAAAAGCAUCGGUUCUUGUGCAUGCGCAUUCACAUUUCUAUCUGAGUGUUUUGCUUCAGCGAAAUCGGUAGUUUAAACUGUUUCUACCUUUUGCGAAGCAAAAAAAGUGAGCAACCAUUCAGAGCUCAGGAACCGAACCGACGCCUUCGAUUCGUGCGAAUAAAUUCACCUAGUGGAAAACAAGCUUAAUUUGGCCACAUUGCGUCUUAGAAUUCACGCGACGAGGAGAACAUAACAUUCUCACAUACGCAGACGACUUUUAGUAACGUCAUUACAUUCUACAUCCUACUGUCGUCGUGCAAUUGAAAACUCCUUGCUGUUUUUUUAUGGGACCUUAGCAACAAUAUCCAAGGGGUGGGGCUUAGUGGAAAGGUCAAUUAUUCUGAUGAAUUUAUUUAAAUUUGAUAUUUUCCACAAAUUUGUUGUGAAAGUUGACUUACUGCAUAUCAUAUAUAAAGCCUUUUCCUAUUGGCGUACUAAUUGAAAUCAUAUAACCAGUAUAGUGAACUGCAAUGGUACAAACGCUCCAGUGCUAGCCGUAAAAAAUGAUGAUGUAAAUUAUUUAAUCUUUUACUAAUAGUGCAAGUAUUCAUGUACUUGUAUUCCUUUAAUUUUUAUUUGAAUAAAUUGAUUAUUGAUGGGGGCGCUCUAUUCUAAAGGAGAGACUUUUAAAAUGUUUAACAUAAAUCUUUUGUACUUUAGUCUUACAUUCAAAGCCCCAGAUUAUUAGAGUAACAAAAAAAAAAACCCUUUUGUAUAGGUUAUUUCCAUUUUCUAUUUAUAAUCCUUUUUCAUUUAGUUGAUUUUAGUUACUUCACCUUGAGAAAAUUUAUGAAAGUAUGAAGCUAAAAUUGUUCAUUUGAUAAUGUUAUUAGGUGUUAUGUUUACUAUUUUAUAAUUAUUUAAUUUUGUUUAGUUUGAUUGGGGGUGGGGGAGUAUUAAAAAUAAAGUAGUUUUACUUUAUAUUCCUUAUCAUAUUUGUUGGAAUUUUUGUUAUUCUUGCAUCCUGUUGAUGUAAAUUCUACCUCCAUGAUUAAAAAUGUUGCUAUGGUGAUAUUUAAAUUAAUUUAAUAUAAUUGUGUAUUGAUUACUGUACAUACAUAAACCGUUGUAAUACUGUAUAACGUCUAUUUACUGUAGUGAAUAAUAGUUGACUGGAUAAACUGGAUUUGGUUUAAUGAAAGAGUGAUUCCAUUAUUUUUAAGGGUUGAUCCCACUUUAUUGCACUGUGCAUUUAUAUUUAGUUUAUCAAGAUAAGUAUCUCACUCAGACUACCAGUAUCACACAGAUUUGUAUAUUUUGAAUAGGUUUUCUAGUAUUCUAAUGCAUGUUUUGUUCAAAGUUGGUCAAUUUUAUCGACAUACAGUAUACUUAUUAGUAGCACACAUGUUGUCUGCAUUCCUUAGUAGUGUGUCUAUAGUCACUAAUUACAGUAUGUGAAUUUUCCGUGCUAUUAUUAGAUCAUUCCAUUACCAGUAUGUUUAGCGCAUGUGUUGGUAGGUCUUUUGCGCAAUCAUUUUGUAGAUAAUUUUGUUUGUGCGUAAAGGUGCUAGCUGUUUUUAUUUCUCAGUAUUUUAAAAAUGUAUUGAUGAUUAUUAAUUUGUUUUUAAUGAAUUAAGGUCGAAUAAUGAUAAUGUGAAGAAGGGAAGACUGGACUUCUUAUAAGAAUUAAAACAUUGUUUGAAUUUUAAACUUAUUUCUGGAAUGAAAUAAACACCAUUUCCUCAGGA